CCACCCUAUUUUAUGCCCCAUAUCCAACAUAUCUACGUCUAUCCCACUGAAAAAGUGCUCAAAAUAUUGGAAAUAAUCAAUAAAUAACCAUGACGUUGGACACAAAACCAGCGGUCAAACGGGUCGCUUCAAAGCCGGAUGUCAAGAAAUUUCCAUUCUUCCAUCCGUUCUCACGAAGAUUACAUAUCUGCCUGCUAUGUAUGGCGGGAUUUUGCUGCACAACAUUCAUGCGAAUGCAUAUCGCGAUCUCCAUGACUUGUAUGAUAAACUCCACUGCGUUGGCUUUAGAAAGCGCAGUUUUUCCAGAAGCUUUCGAAAAUAGCUCGUCGAUUUUUGAAGAGCUGGAGCCAGUGUCAAACGGAGCUUGCUCGUCGAAUGCUGAUGUAAAUAAAAAGGUUGUCGUGGACUAUGGCGGUCAAUUGGUAUGGAACAGUCAAGAACAAAAUCUGAUUUUCUCCGGAACAUUCUGGGGAUCCAUUAUCACUGUGCUUCCAUCAAUGUUCUUCAUCAACAGAUAUUCGCCAAGAUAUGUGCUUCAGGCAGCCGUUGGGUGUUAUAUUCUUAUGACAGCCAUCACUCCAUACAUCGCAACACGAUUUGGGCCAUAUCCAGUUUUUAUCUCAAGAGUUAUUAUGGGAUUAGGGGAGGGAUUCAUCCUCCCAGCAAACAAUGCAAUUCUUGCAAACUGGUUCCCAAGUGCCGAACGAAGUACAGCGAUAUCUCUAUUCACAACUGGUAAUCAAAUGGCUGGCGCUGGAGGAAACCCUGUUGCAGCAUCGCUUUGUGCGUCCUCUUUCGGGUGGCCAUCGAUUUUUUAUUUUGCAAGUAUUGUAUCAACGAUUUGGUCAGUUUGCUGGUUCCUUACCGCAUCGAAUCAACCAUCAAAAUGCAAAGUAAUGACAAAAACCGAAAGGGAUUAUUUGGACGCAAAUGUUGUCCGACGAUCUAAUAAAACUAAUCGAUCUCUGGUAGUACCCUACUCAAAAAUCCUGAAGUCCCCCGCGUUUCUUGCUCAACUUCUAUGUCAAUUUGUCAUCAACUUCAUAGUCACCUUACUGCAAAUUUACCUUCCAAACUAUUUCAAGGAUGUCCUUCAUUUGGGAGUUAUUGCUAACGGCACCUACACAUCUGUUCCGAACAUUGUCAACUUUGCACUGAAAAUCGUGUGGGGAAUUACGAUUGAUAGGGCAAAGGAGAAGAAAAUUAUCAGCGGAACAUUUGGGGUCAAGCUGUCACAGUCUAUUGCGAAUUUCGGCGGUGCCCUGUUUCUGAUCCUAAUCACCUACUUUGUCGAUUGCACAAACCCAACCCUAGGAUUCGUAUUCUUCUGCAUGAUGUAUGGCUGCAUGGGAACUCUAGUCAGUGGAUUCUACACAUCGCUUCUCUCCCUGGCACCCAAGUACACAGCAACAAUGUCUUCGAUUUCUGUAUUUUGCGCAAUGAUGGGACGAUUGGCCACACCUGCUAUUGUUGGGCUCAUCAAGAAACAGAACACCCUAUCCGAAUGGCAAACAUUGUUCCUUGUAUGUGCAGCUGCGAAUAUUAUCUGUGGAGCUGUAUUUUUAGUUUUUGGAUCAGGCGAGCUCCAAGAAUGGGGACUCGAAGACGAGGCGAAGGAAAUGAAGACGCUUGCUGAAAAGACUCCGUUGGCAAGCAUCCAGAACUUGCCAGCAGAUACCGAAGACCAAGACAUCUUCCAAUCAGCGUUGGAUAUGGAGAUUCCGGAGAUUCAGCUCAAUGAGAUCACUCUCACCACAGAAGAACGUCAACGAUUCCAGAGAAGAAUCCGAGAGGACUCCAUGUGUUUAUAAAACUUUUUGCAAUUCCUAAAUACUUACCAUUAUUUUUGCCCAAUCAGGUUAAUGAUCUCUAUCGUGUAGUUUUCCCCUUUUAGUUCCAGUUCUGCUGUGAUAUUUAUUUAUUUUUGCGAAUACAUUUCAAUUCCUAA